AUGGUUCACUAUUCACUAGACCCAGAAAACCCCACAAAAUCAUGCAAAUCAAGAAGCUCAAAUCUCCACAUUCACUUUAAGAACACUCGUAAAACUGCCCAGGCCAUUAAGGGUAUGCAUAUUCGAAAAGCCACCAAGUAUCUGAAGGACAUCACUUUAAAGAAGCAGUGUGUGCCAUUCUGUCGUUCCAAUGGUAGAGCUGGCAGGUGCGCCCAGGCAAAACAGUGGGGCUGGACACAGGGUCAGUGGCCCAAAAAGAGUGCUGAAUGUUUGCUGCACGUGCUUAAAAAUGCUGAGGGCAAUGCUGAACUUAAGGGUUUAGAUGUAGACUCUCUGGUCAUUGAGCACAUUCAGGUGCUCAAAGCUCCCAAGAUGUGGUGUAGAGCCUACAGAGCUCAUGGGUGGAUUAACCCAUACAUGAGCUCUCCCUGCCACAUUGAGAUGAUCCUUACUGAAAAGGAGCAGAUUGUUCCUUAACCAGAGA